GUCAUUUUGCUUAUCGUGUGACGCCAAGACUGACUGCCCAAAACCGGCCAUGAAUGCGGGGGAAACAGAAGCUAACGUUAAGGGAGACCUUCUGGAAAUUCAAUUACUGACCACCUUGCAUUUCUCCUCCUUCGAUGCUUACAGCUCUGGCCUCGCUCAGUGGAAGUAAUCAUUGAGCUCUGGAGCUGAUAAACACACUGAGAAGUGAAUACAUUUCUGACUGACCUGUUGUUGAACCAUUCACUACUCGCUUACUUAUUGUCGAGGCGCAUCAAACUACCUAUCAUGGGCGACUACGGACAAGGAGCGACAUCGCUCGAGACACGAAUGCUCACCACCACUUCUCCAACCGCUACUGAACCCGACGAGAUCUCUGUGCUGGUCACAGGCUUUGGGCCAUUCAAAACGAAUCUGGUCAAUGCUUCUUAUCUAAUCGCCUCAUCGCUCCCUCCUUCAUUCACAUUCCUAACGAACACUCCCGACUCGACGCCCUGUCGCGUCUCAAUCCAUGUCCAUCCUUCUCCGAUUCCGGUUGCUUACUCAACAGUACGGACUACGCUGCCCGUGAUCCUAGACGAUUACGCCAAGGCACACGAUGGCCGACGCCCGGACAUCAUCAUCCACAUGGGCAUAGCGGCAACAAGGAACUACUACUCAGUGGAGACCCAGGCCCACCGCGACGCAUACCUCAUGUCCGAUAUCAAAGGGCGAUCGGGCUACGAGGACGGAGAGCGUAUAUGGCGGGAGCUUGACUUGCCUACCGUUCUCAGCGCUGGGCGUGGAAAUGCAUCGGUGCCAUCGGCGAAGAAGUAUCUCAACCCUCAUCCACCAGACACCGACUUCCUCAUGGCGUGGCAGUCGUUCGCCCACCCAGGCACGGACGUUCGGAUCUCGAACGAUGCGGGACGAUACCUCUGCGAGUUCAUCUUCUACUCGAGUCUGGCGCUGGCCUACCAAGGAGACCAGGAUCGGAAUGUGGUCUUCUUCCAUGUUCCUGGGUCCUGCACUGAUGAGCAUAUUGCAGCUGGAAAGGACGCCGCCAUUGCGCUGAUUAAGGCUCUGGUGACGAGUUGGGUGGUCAGCGGCAGCCCGGCGUAGGCGUUUUUAUUCGCAUGCUCUAACCUUUUAGACGCAUUGGGAGGCAUCAUUGCAUUUGGCAUAGCCUGGUUUUACUACUUCCGUGAGGCAGUGGACACCAUUCGAAAUCCAGUUAAAUAGUCAGACAUGGCGUGGGCAGAAGAAGUGUAUGUGGUGCUAAGCUUGAGCUGAGCUGCAAUCAAGGGAACAAAGAAGAUUUCACCUCGUUUUGGUGCAUGACAAUUGGACUUCCGCGCCUCGUCAUCUCGGGUAAGAGACCGCCUAGAUCCAAG